ACCAUUUGAGUCGGUUCGGAACGCGGAGCGCACGUCUGUCGCGAGCGCUCCCUAACAAAGCCUUACCUCCAGCGGUUUGCCGUCAUUGUCGCCAUAAUCCAACCGUGAAUUUGUUAUCCAAACCGUAACAUCAUCGUUUACAAUUAUUUUCAUGUAUUUUUUGUAAAGUGAACCAGUGAUAGUAAUGGCGAAUUGUCCAGUGAAAAUAUGAGACACUGAUCAACAAUGUUAAGUUACAUUUAUCUACAACUUGGAGAAAUGUAUCCGUGUUGAAAUAUUAAAACCUGUGUUGGAAGUUCAAAGUACGGCAAUGUACGCGAUGUCAACGACGUCAACUACGACGUCAGGUUCGCGGGCUGACCUGACGGCUACCACGGUGGAGCGACGGAUACGCGUUGUCCGCCUCCUGCGUCCGCGCAAGGCUGCACCUGCCUUUGGCUUCUCCCUUCGAGGCGGGCGAGAAUACGCUACAGGUUUCUUCAUCUCAAAAGUUGAGCUUAACUCCGAGGCUCAUCUUCAAGGAUUAAAGGUUGGCGAUCAAGUAGUAAGCGUAAAUGGUUACCGAGUGGACGAUGCGGUCCACGCGGAGCUGGUCCAUUACAUCACAUCGCAGUCUAGGCUAAAGAUCAAAGUUAGGCAUGUGGGGAUGGUUCCAAUCAAGGAAAAAGAGCAAGAAUCUUUGUCUUGGCAGUUCGUAUCAGAACAGGCGUCUCUCGCUUCGGACGUUUCCUCAUCACCAACUUUGUGUCACAACACUGAGCACUUGACGGACUUGCGUCUGUCUAUAUUAGUGCCACCACGAGCUAAACUUGGUUGCGGUAUUUGUAAAGGUCCUGAUUGGAAACCGGGAAUUUUUGUACAGUUCGUAAGAGAAGGUGGAAUUGCCCGAGAAGCUGGUUUGAGACCGGGUGAUCAAAUCUUAUCGUGCAACGGCCACGACUUUGCUAAUAUAUCUUUUAAUGAGGCUAUAUCAGCGAUGAAAGCGAGUGGUAGACUUGAACUCGUCAUCCGAGAAGGCACUGGGGCAGAGUUAGUGUCACCUGAGAGCUCUGGUUACAAUAGCUCCGCAUCUUCAGCUGCGGGCGAGCGAAGUCCGGCACCGGCCGCGCCCGUCAUACCCCUCGCACCACCGGCCGCCUUGCGACGACGGCUCGCAAGCGUAGCUGAAGAAGCCGCGGAUAGAGCGGACAGGUUGACGAUGAACAGAAUAAAACGAAGAACAUGGGACAGCUUAGACUUCGAUUGGAAGAACAAAGACAUUCAUAAUUUUGAUGCACCUUCUGACAUAGAGCCUGAUUAUGAUUGUCCCAGCAUACCAAAUAAUCCUCACACGUACGAAAGUAAGUCUCAUAUCAAAAGUAAAACUAUAACGGAAUAUGAACCAACGAAAGUAACAAGUCCAUUAAAUAGAACAAUUAUAAAUUUAACCGAAGAUGGCGCUACAAUACAAUGUAGUUACGAUAACAACACAACUAGGAAGAAUAUGUUUCCAACGACUCAAACAAUAAGAGACAAAGAUAAGAAAACUAUUGUAGUAGAAGUUCACCACAUGAAUACAACGACUUGUGCUAAGACGCAUUGCAAUUUUCCCCCACCUUUUGUAAAAGAAAUUGAUGCAGACUCUACCAGUAUAUCUAGUUCAGCCACAUUAUCGAGUGCCAUUGCUGAAGAAAUACAGAGAAGAAAAUUGAACAAGAAAACAACUCCAGAAAAGGAAACGAAUCCAAUACCAAUCAAGAAACCCAGCAUUCCAAAGGCUAUAGAUAACGACCAAAAAAAGCAUCACGACGCAUUAAUGGACGAAUUUAAGAAGGUUCACAGAAAAAUGUUUGCAAAUCAAGAUAUGGUGAACGGUGAUCUAAAUAAAGAAAAUCAGAUGGAAUGCUUGGAUCGACAAUCAACUCUACCGAUUAGGAAAGCUGAUCAAAUACCAAUGGAAUUAAUAAAUGAUAAACAACAAGAUAAACGAGAAUUAAUACAGAAACCCCCACCUCCUCCUCCUAUGCCUUUUACAAACGGACAACAAAAUGGUGACCAAAAAAAACCUGACGGCAACUCAGUAAAAUCGGAAGACCAUGACAUAAUUAAAAUCCCAAAUCUAAGAAAAGUUGGAACAUUAAAUAGGAUACCAAUAACAGAUUAUAACAACAAAACAGAUAUGCCAAUAAAAACACGAAAUUUAAAGGACGAUAAUGCUGAAGUCGAUUCACUAGAAUCAUACAAAUUAAAAAAUCCCAUAAACGUUGCGCCUAAGGUACCAUCUAAUUAUUUCAUUAAAGCACCAAAUGGGUCCACGACUAUGAAGAAACAUGCGCGACCAGUUUCAGUAACAAUAGGAGAAUAUGUCAACAAUAUUGGUAGGAAAGAACCGUCGAAACUAGAUUUUCUAAAUGGUAAUAAAUCUGAUACUCAUAGAACGGCGGGUGAUGAACCGAUUACUAGUAGACUUCAAUCAGAGUUAGCUCUUACAUUAUCUAGAUCGAAUUUACGUAAAAAGACUGAAGCUUUAGGUGAUGGAGGUCGAUAAAAACUGUUUUCUUAAACUAGAUGAAGAACAUUUUUUAACAAAGUAGUUAUGUGAUAAAUAUCGCCCUUAUCAUAUUUAUUUCCAAGAUAAAUCAUCGAAGUAAAUGAUAGAAUAGAAUAAUAUUUUUAUCGCGUGUGCUUGUGUUUGUUGUUCUGUUGCAACAGUGUUUAUAUCAAUUUUAAAAUUUUCAAUUAUUAUGUUAUGCCAAAACUAUGUAAACUAAAAUUAAAAUUGUAAUUAGUUUUGUUUAAGAAUAUAAUUGUAUUAAAUUUAAUAAUAAAAACGUA